CGCAGAUUUUGGUGCAUUUUCUGCGCUGGAAACUGCUCGAAUUUGCGCAGCGGGUUUCGGAAUAUAUUGCAAGCUUUAACAAAAACAGUACCAGAAUUGUUGCUGCUUGCAUCAGCAUUUUAAUGCAUGUUUUACAACAUAUUUAUUGUUUCCGUAUUUGAAAAAAGAAAACCACACACAAUAUUCAUUCACUCUCUUUCCUGCUGGGAAGCAGUUUUGUUUUACAACACAAACACUCACACAAACAUUUGAAAAAGCCGUAUAAAGCAACACAUAACCGGAAGCAUGGAUUAAAUUUUCAUUUUUGAAGUCAAAUUACCAUAAAAUUCUAACCAAAGUGGCACACACAUAUUCACGCAAACCAAAUGACUUUUACAAAGGUAGUGUUGAUUUUAAGUCGAAGGAAAGGAUAUUUAAACAUUUUUUGAAUUAAUCGGAAUAUAAAUGUAAGAAGAGAAGAAAAUAUUUUAUAGAUGCUUCUCAUCGGUCUGCAGUUUUAGCGAGAUUUUCCUUCUCUACCAAAUUCAAACAAAUGUGAUUGUUUUAUUUGGCAAUAUGCGUUUUAAAUGGUAUGUGGCAAAUAUGAUUGCUUAAAGAAAAGAAAACUUUAAAAAGAUUUGUAAUGCCAAGCAAGCAAACUUUACGACAAUUAUUCUUCUGUCACUUUAGAAGCGAACACUCAAAUACAAGACUGGCAUGUUUAGUAGCUGUGUUAUUUAGACAGGCAGACGCAUUUUCUCACUUUUAUCUGCUGUGGUAACUGAUUCUGUAUAAUAAAUUCACCACACGCUCUCCAUUAAUUGUGUUCAGCCAGCUAAAUUGCGCAUUCGCUUACGACCUUUUGUUCGAAUAUGAUACCUCAACUGGCUUGAGUGAAGUUACGUGUUACAUCCUUCUAUCGUGUAAAUAAAAUGUGAUUCAUCUCUUUAGUUUUCGUAGUGGCAAAUGGUCGUAUUCUCGACGAUACGCUUCUAAUUUCUCGACUAGAUAGAUUGUUACGAUUUAUGGCCAUUGGGGACUGAUUAAAUUCAUGUUACAUUGAUCUGGCAAACACAGUAUCCUACACCACUUUGGCUAGGAUAUCAGAGGUAUUGAGUGAGAGAAGGUGGGAUGCGAUUAGUUUGUGCUUCUCUGUUAACACGUUACACGUUUUGUGGAGUUUCGCAUAAUCGUCGUAUACACACAAGGGAAAAGGUAUCGAGGAAUCCCGGGGGAAUGCAAUGAGUCAAUCUUGCGCCAAAACCCCACAGAGGCGUGAGUUACACCGAAAACGAUCGACGCCGCUUACUUGGCAGCUUCCGGUGGACAGUCGGGCUGGUUGGAUGGGUGAGCCGCUCGGAAUGCGGGAUGACCCUCGAGCUCGCGAUCGAUACGCAGAAUGAUCGGAUACGGGCGCAGAUCCACGUGGAAACGGCGCGCAUUGAACACCUGCGGCACGAGGCAACAGUCGGCUAGGGUGAUCUCAUCGCCCACACAGAAUUUGCCCGCCGACGUGGAGAGCAGCUUCUCGAUCGCACGGAAUCCGCGCGUUAUCCAAUGCUGGGCCCAUUCCUUCUUCUUCUCCUCACCGACGUGGAUCAGCACUAUCAGAUUCUGCAGUGGCUGAACACCGGAUGCAAUCACCUACAACGGGACAUAUUCACGAUUAGUAACACCGGUCGGAGUGAGAUGGGAGAAAGGGAAAUUAUUUACUUACCUCACAGAUUUCCCGCACUUUGGCACGCUUCAGAACAUCCUGGGGCAUCAGUGGACGCUGAGGGCGCGUUUCUUCCAAAUAGUACAUAAUCGAAACCGAUUCAAUGAGCGUAUGGCCAUCUGAAAAAAGGAGCACAAUAUUCUCGUAAGUAAUCGUUGGUAUGUGUCCUGAUGAUCGUUCGAUCACGAACGAUCGGUUGUUGUGUGAGAUGAAUGAUGAAUAAAUUUUUAGUGCAUUGUUGUUAAAGUAUAUUAUGUUUUUUUAGACAUUUUGAGUCAGUUUGACUUUCAUAUUAGAUAUAUUCAAUUGUUUUGGUUCAUAUUAGACACAUUCUUCUGUAAUUGGGCCAUACAAGAUAUUCAUUAGCCAGUUUUCAAUUGAAUAUUAUGAUGGAAAAUCACUCCUCAAUCUUUCUAUUCUUACGGUAGCUUCUCCCCAUAUUUGGUAACAAUAACAUGACGAGCGAUCGCUCCUGAUCGAUUGAUCAUCGAAACAGUUUCCAUUAUAUGAAGUAAUGAAAUAUUUCACGGAUCGUUCAAACGAUCGUUCCAAUAAUGCCAUACUAUUCCAAACGUAACAUCAAAGAAGCAUCUGUUUGGAGCAAUUGCGAUAACGGUUACGCACUACAGAAGAUACAAAUUGACCAAUGAAAUCGCCGGCGGCGGUUUUGGCGGCAUUUUGUUCAUUGAACCCACUGAUAGAAGACACAUCAUAAAGCGCUGGGUAUAUGGCACGUUUAUUGUCCACCGUCACCUGUAUAGCUGACCGCUUCAAUUCCGCUUCCGAUGAAUUCAACUACCCUAAUAUGGCGCAUCCGUCGGAACUGCUAUAGAACCGAGUGCUAAGAGCAAAUCCGCAUCAGUUUUACUCCAGAACUUGAGGCGAUCGAAGGUGACCACUUGUAAACUGUGUUUGUGUUUUAAGCUACGAUACAUUCAGUGAAAGUGACAUCAACCAUCCACCAUGUGGCAAAAGAUUGCACUGCUGACGGUGUUGGCAUUCUUUGCCUGCCAGCAGCUCGUAUGGUCGAAAACGGUCGCAGUGCCGGAGGUGGUCAAAAAGGUGCUGCCCCGUGCCGCCGACAGCGAGUUGCUGAUCGAGUUUGAUCGGCUGUUUAACCAGCUGCACUACGACGUCGACUACAAGCUGCGUGUGCUGCGCAUGAACCAAUCGCUCGCGAUCAAAAACCUAAACGCCCAGUUCAUCUCGCGCUUCGGCAUUGUGAUCACCCAGAUACAGGAGGAGAAACUGCGCGUGAAGGACGCCAUCCUGCAGCACGCGCUCGAGAUCGGCAACACGCAGAACCCGUGCAUUGUCGAGAAGAACGACGAAGCGCUCCGUCAGGCCACACAAUCGGCGGCCGACAUUAGCCUGGCGGCCGAGCUGGCCUACGCCGACAUGUCGACGGCGUCGCGCGUCUUCUUCUACCCGCAGGUGCAGGCCUUCCAGAACAGCUCGACCGCCCUGCAAAGCACGGUGGUGGAGAAGCUGAGCCGCUCGAACGCGGUGACGGAUUUGGACAUUACGCUCGCAGAACUGGCGUACUACUACGAGGGCGAGGAAAACAAAAUCGAGCGUGUGCUGACCGGCAUCGAGCAGGAGCUGGCCAACUUCCAGGAGGUUGUGAACAAUGUGCGCCGCGACGUCUGGGCAAUGUCCGAUACGAUCGCGCGUAACUUUGUGUUCAACAUGGGUCUUCUGCUCGAAGAUGCACUGCAGUGUUCGUAACUUGGCUUUCCCUAGUCUUCCCGCUUUGGUGCGUUAUAUUCGCGGGGGGUUGGUGAUGCCAUCUUCCGGUUGGAUUUUGAGCCUGGUGUAAGAAGAUAUCGCCCGAAUCGAGAACCUAAAGGAGUCAGCGGAGAGGGAGGAGUGGAACGUAUCGCCUGAGGGUGUGUGGUGCUCAAUUAUCGAGAUAUGGCUUCUAAUAAACCCGUAUUUACUAGGUAAA